AUGGCCACCGGUGCAGCACCUUCGUUUCAUUCGACAAAAGAGACAAUCAAUUACGCCCGCUUAUGCAGGCUUCUGGUGGACGUCAGUGCACAUAUCUUGAGAGACACCUUUGAUAAGAGGCGUCCAACAGGAGACCUGAACGCAGUUUUGUCAAGUCCUCCAGUUCAUGCAGUCUUACAAUCACUUCGAAAGAAAAGAAUUCUUAGUCCUUUUCAAUGGGUAAAACUAUAUCCUGCCAUCAAAUCUGCAGUUUCAUCAAAGAAUUUCGAUAUCACUCUACUGAUGGUUUUGCUGAGGAAUAUAUGCGGUCUUGUUCGUCCAGCUACCGGCUGGGAUACACUUCCUCCUGCAACAGACGCAACCCUUGAGGCAGAUAUCGUUCGCAUCAAGUGCUACAGAAACACAGUUUAUGGUCAUGCAAGCGAGGCCUCAGUUGAUGACCCAUCAUUCAAUCAAUACUGGCAGGACAUCCAAGGUGCAUUAGUGAGACUGGGAGGAGCUAAUUACCAAAGUGCUAUCGAUGAUCUGAAAAAUGAAUCCAUGGACCCUGAGAUCGAAGAACACUACAAAGAGCUUCUUAAACAGUGCAUCAUGGAUGAAGUCAGCAUCAAAGAAAGACUGGAUGAAAUUGGUAAAAGCCUGGAUGAAUUAAAGGAAGCAGUCGUUAAUCCUAAAAAGAGAGCAGGAGACAAAGGUAUUGUGUAUUGGUGGUAAAAUCUGUGCAACGGCCUUUUGAUCUUUCUUAAGAAGAGAAACUUGAAGAGGACAAUUAAAGGGCCUCUUAUCACAGGGUAAUAAGCAAUAUUACAAUCAGUUCAUUUCAGUAUUGUAAAAUGCCUACCUUUAAAAAUGGCUCAGACUCGGAGAAAUAUCUUCCACUUGAACUGACCCCUUCCGCUUGGACCCAAAAUUAGAAAAAGACCAGGUGUUGUCUUCUCCAUGCUUUUUUCGGGUGAUAAGCGAGUUAUUUUUUAUUGAUUUAUUUUUAUUUUUUGUUCCUUGUACGGGGAGUAAGAGAACUCAUAGUUGAAAUAGAUUCCCUACAAGGUCAUUUGCACCAAAAAACUACAGUAAGUCUUACAGUAUUUACCUGGUCGGGUUCGUCGAAAGAAAAAGGGUUGCAGUCUGUCUGUCUAUUUUCAUGAUGAACUAGAGACGACAGGACGCUUUGUCUCCCCUAAGUGUACUUAGGCCUUACUUAAUCUCUAGCGUUAAACAGAGAAAAAAAUACGUGUUCUGAGUCAAAGUUAGUUCCUCCCGUACCAUAAAUUCCUGAAUUCGCUCUUGAAAUGGGUCGGUUACUGUUGAUAAUCAUGCGAUUUCGAGUACAGUUCAGAAUAAAACAGCACGAGUGAAUUUUUGAAAUGCGAACAAAUUGCACGAGCCUGCAAGACGAGCACAGUUGUAGUUUUUGAAAACUUACAAAUACUGAUUUACCCUAAACUGCAUGAGAAAAAUCAUGCGAUUACUUAUUAAUGAUAUCCUAGCAAAUAUAUGACUCUGUUUCCCUCUUUAGUUGUUUAGUUGUUAGGGUCUCCGAUUCAUGUUUUUCAGCACUGACGGAUCUAGGGGAGGGGGCCGGGCUUCCUGGGCCCCUCCCCUUAUCUUGGGUUAAAAAAAAAAAUAAAAAAUAAAAAAAAAAAGGAAUCGCAGAAGGAAGAAAAGCCGGCAGGACAAGGGACAAAAAAUCAAUGACUCUUCGUCCCGCAUUGGAAAAGUUAAUACAUAAAGGGUUUAUGAAAAUAAAUGCAGGUAACGGUUUUCUUUUCAGCUGUAGCGGAAUACUCCGAUGCGUUGAAAGAAUCAAUAAGAAGCCAAACCGAGUAUCUCGCUCAGGCCUCACCGACCAUGUCCAAUGUGAGAACAGAUCGCAUAUUCACCAACAUUCUCAUGCAACAUGGAAGAAAGCCAGUCAAAGAUCUUGAUGUGAAACGAAAAGAACACCUUCGCCAGUACGGUCAAAUUAGUGGAAAGCAAAUCAAAAGCGCUCAAGAAAUAUUCAUCCCAAUCGAUGAGAAACAACCAGAAUCUGUUCUUGUCACUGGAAAGGCAGGCAUCGGUAAAACACUGUUUUGUCAAAAGCUGAUCAGAGAUUGGGCUGACAACAAAUUAUUUUUACCUGAUUUUAAGUUCGCAUACUUGCUCUCGUUCCGUCAGCUUAAUCUACUUGGGGACGACCCUGUUACCUUGAAGGAUAUCUUAAACCGAUCUUCAGUGCUAGAUGACCACUCAAAUAUGGACGACUCUAUAUUUGAGUACAUUGUUGAUCAUUCCGAAGAAGUUUUGAUUAUCAUCGACGGGUAUGACGAGUGUUCACAACGACAGUACAUCGCUAGUGAUUGGGAUGAAAAGUACCCAAAUAACGCCAAAGAGAAAAUGCCAGUAGCAGCAUUGUGUGCCAAGCUUAUCAAAGGAAAAAUACUGAGAGGUUCGGUAGUCAUGAUCACUUCAAGACCCGACGAAUCUGACGAAAUGAAAGCCGAAGACAUCUAUUUUGAUAGAUACGUUGAAAUUACAGGGUUUUCCGAGCCACAGGUUAAAGAAUACAUUGGAAAAUAUUUCAGAAACAACGACCGAAUGAAAAACAUUGUAAUGGACCACAUUACAAAGAAUGUAAAUCUUGUCAGCUUUGCCCACAUUCCUGUGCUCUGUUUUCUUAUGUGCUCCUACUUUGAAUAUACUCUACAGCAACCAAAGAAGAAUAAUCCUCUCCCGGUCAAAACAAGUGACCUUUAUGAUGAAGUGGUCAACAUGUUUGUGCAAAAGCACAAUAGAAAGAAAAGAGCCUCUCUGGAAAAUACUCUGGAUGAAUUAUCAAAGCUGGCAGCUAAACUUCUUGUGGAGAGAAAGUUUCUUUUCCUUCUAGAGGAUUUGAAAACUUUGAACUUACAUGAGGUUGAACUGAUUCUGUCUGGAAGCGGUCUUCUUCAUUGCGGUCCUCCUUUCAGAAUAUCUUUUUCUGCGACGACUAAACAUUUUUGUUUUACACAUUUAACUCUCCAAGAGUACUUAGCGGCUCGUUGGUUUGUAAAGACAAGAACUAUCCCCCCCAGAGAUGUGUCUACAGAAGUAGUUUUAUUCAUGUCCGGUAUUUUGUCCAAGCUAAAAGACAAUGAAUUUGAGGAAAAGUUGAUUAUCAAAAAAUUCGUACAUGAAAUCGGAAGUGGGCUUCUAAUUUAUGAAUGUCUCCUAGAAUACGAAGACAUUGAAUUUGCCAAGGGAAUAAUAAAGAAAUUUCACAAAAUAUUCGGCAUACGCGAUCAAGAUCUUUCUGUUUAUAGCUUCGGGAUGCAGUAUGCGGACUGCACUGUUGUGUCUUUUACAUUAAAUGUUUUUGGUGCACUCAAUGCAGAGGAGGAAUCUGAAUGGAGUAGAAUCACUUCACUUAACCUGACGCAUAUGAAGGUCACCGAUGCUGGUGUUGCCAGUCUAAGUCAAGCAUUACAGACACCAACAUGCACAGUCACAAGGCUUAAUCUGGAUGGUAACGAGAUCACUGAUGCCGGUGUUGCCAGUCUGUGUCAAGCAUUACAGACACCAGCAUGUAAAGUCACCACACUUACUCUGAGAGGUGAUCAGAUCACCGAUGCCGGUGUUACCAGUCUAUGUCAGACAUUACAGACACCAACAUGUACAGUCACCGAACUUGAUCUGAGUGGUAAUCAGAUCACCGAUGCCGGUGUUGCCAGUCUAUGUCAAGCAUUACAGACACCCACAUGUAAAGCCACCACACUUACUCUGAGAGGUAAUCAGAUCACCGAUGCCGGUGUUGCCAGUCUACGUCAAGCAUCAAAAACAGCAGCAUGUAAAGUCGUCUUUUAA